UCUGCUGCAUUCGUCACGGCGAAACACACACACAUUCCUUCGUGUGUUAAAUGACCCCGAGAAAACAGAAAAGAAGAUGUUAUUUGCUCUGCACAUAGUACUCUGCCUCGAGUGGAUAUUCGUGUGACACAUUUAUACGAGACGAACGAGGAAAGGAACCGUUAUGGUGUUUAUUUUAGGCAAAAGUUUCUCAGCGAUGUUGCGUUUUUUAACUCCACUGCUCGUCGGAUUGUUUUCACAGUCAGUGACAACUGUUGCCAGUUGGAAGCAUCCCCUCACUGUCGUCCAUCAUGGAGGUUCAUCACCGCAUUGGGUGAGACAGGGCCGUUCUUUCCGUCCAACGCAGGCAACGGAGCCGCUGAUUGUCCCGGGACGAGCCUCCAGUGUACAUCUCUCACAGGAGGAGAUCCAGAAGCUGCGCUUCAAACCCACCGUGGGCAAAAUCCAGCGGUCGGAGGGGACAGAGGUCACGUUUAACUGCUCCAUAGACGUCAAUGAUGUGAGCCAGGCCCAGGACCUGAAUAUUCUGUGGUUUAGGAACGGGAAGGAAAUCCCUGAUGGCAUGCAGACGCAGAUCUACAUACAACGGACUUACAUCUUACAGUCCACUAUAAGCAUUAAAAGUGUCCAGAGAGCAGAUGCUGGAGAAUAUCACUGCAGGCUUAGUGUCAGUAACAAGAUCAUUGAGUCAAAUCCCAUCAUUUUAGAAGUAGAAGGCCUGCCGACCUUCACUACACAGCCGAGUGACGUGAACAUCACGAGAAACACUUCCUUCAGGCUGAGCUGUGAGGCGGUCGGUCCCCCGAACCCUGUAAUCAUUAAGUGGCUUCAAAAUGGCACGAGAUUUGUAGAACGCAACGAGUCCUCCAGCACCAUCACUGUGAAAGGUGUUGAUGCUCCCACCCAGUACAGCUGUGAAGCUCACAACGAGAAGGGCCUCACAGUGUCCAGAGAAGCUCACGUCAAUAUCAAAGAGCUUCCUGACAAAGUGUCAAACGUCACAGUAGUAAAACGGGAGUCCAACAAACUCCUCUUGAGCUGGACUCCAGGAAACGAUGGCUUCUCUCCUCUCAACACGUGCCACAUCACAGUGCGAGAGCUCGGCCGAGAGCCGGGGAGUCCUACAGCCGCACAAAGCACACAAGUGCCUCCGUUCCAGUAUGAAAUCAGCAACCUCAAAGCCAUGACCUGGUACAACAUGAGUGUGUCCUGCAUCAAUGAGAUCGGGUCGUCACCGCCCAGCGCUUGGGUCCAGAGCAACACCACUGAGGGCGUCCCAUUGGAGGCCCCCCAAAACUUGACUGUUAUUGUGAACAAUUCCAUGUUGAUGAUCCGAUGGGAAGCUCCGCCCCCUGACAAGUUGAAUGGAGUCUUGCAAGGAUAUGAUGUCACUAUUAAACACGGGACACGUACGAACAAGAUUCACAGUAUCACCACCGAGGCCGCAGUGACACUGCAGGUGUUCAACACCACAUACAGUGUGGAGGUCGUGGCCUGCACUCAGAGCGGCUGUGGGACCAAAAGGUCACGCUUCUUUCUCUUUAUUCCAAACACUGGAUCUCCUGAGUCUCCGUCCUCGACGCCAGUUCCCAAUCGUUCCGACUCCGUGUACAUCGUGCUUGGAGUGGUUUGCGGUUUCUGUCUGUUGUUGAUAGUGAUGUUUGGCGUGUUGUGGUUGCGCAGUCACUCCUUUUUGCCGUGUUUGUUUGGUGCUGAUGACAAACUCACUCCUGGCGUUGAGUACCGACCUCAGAGAUCCUACAACCGUUCAGCCAUCGAAACCACACUUGCCAGUCUGGGCAUUAGCAGUGAGCUUCAGGCCAAACUGCAGGACGUGAUGAUCUUAAGGAAUCUGCUGUCCAUCGGUAAAGUCCUCGGAGAAGGUGAGUUUGGAUCUGUGAUGGAGGGACAUCUCAGACAGCCUAAUGGAACCUCUGAAAAAGUUGCUGUGAAAACCAUGAAAUUGGAUAACUUCUCGCAGAGAGAGAUUGAAGAGUUUCUGAAUGAAGCUGCUUGCAUGAAGGAUUUUCAUCAUCAUAAUGUCAUCAGACUCUUGGGUGUUUGUUUAGAAGUGGGCUCAGGACACUUUCCUAAACCAAUGGUCGUGCUCCCCUUCAUGAAGUACGGAGACUUGCAUAGUUUCCUCCUGCGCUCACGUCUCGAGGAAGAUCCUGUGUUUCUCCCUACGCAGAUGCUCCUGAAGUUCAUGAUUGACAUCGCUCUGGGAAUGGAGUAUCUCAGCAACAGAAACUUCCUACAUCGGGACCUGGCCGCUCGCAACUGCAUGUUGCGAGAUGACUUGAGCGUGUGUGUUGCUGAUUUUGGCCUGUCAAAGAAAAUCUACAGUGGUGACUAUUACAGACAGGGCCGGAUUGCCAAGAUGCCUGUCAAAUGGAUCGCAGUGGAAAGCCUCGCUGACCGAGUCUUCACAGUGAAAAGUGAUGUGUGGGCAUUUGGAGUGACCAUGUGGGAAAUAGCCACUCGAGGCAUGACCCCAUACCCUGGAGUACAAAACCAUGAGAUUUACGACUAUCUCCUUGAUGGAAACCGACUGAAACAACCCAACGACUGUCUUGAUGAACUGUAUGAUAUCAUGUUCAGCUGCUGGAGCGCUGAUCCGGUGGACCGACCCGACUUCACACAGGUUAGGAAGAGACUGGAGAAUCUGGCAGGGAAACUCCCCGCCGUGUCCAACCGGAGGGACAUCAUCUACAUCAACACCAGCUUCCCCGAGGAGGACGACGAUGUACCCGGCGUGGCGGCGGAAGGGCCUGUGAUGACCUCCUCACCGUCCUGCAGUCGCCAAACCACAGCAGACGUGCACGAGAGCACAGACGCAGAGGACGACCGUUACGUGGUUGUCAUCAAAUCCUCCGGGGAACACGCGGCGAGAACUGCUGUUGAUACGCCACUACUGAAUCACAGAAUCUUGGAACAGGACAGCGAUGAAACGGUCAGGGACGAGACGGGGGCGCAGAAAACAUCGAGUGACACGACACGUUUGCUCUGAUGGAGAGUUGCAUGAUGGGAAUUUGAAAUGCAUCCGAAAAUUGACUUUUUUUUGUGGUGUCCAACUAAAGUGUGUAAUUUCGGUGU